CCAAACAAUAUUUUGGUCCAUUAAAUCUUUAAGUAGCUAAACCACGUUUGGGGAUGGAACGACUGGAGGACUUUCCUUGAAAUGGAAACUUGUGACUCACGUGGCUCUCCUCAACACCUAAAAGCUUCUGAUGGGAGGGUUCUGCUUACGCAAUAGCGAUGUAAUAAAGAUAUUGGAUUCCUUUACUGAAGGAGCAGCCUCACAUGGUCAAUAUUUAAUGUGAAAAUACUCCAUUAACGGUAAACAUUUCAGAACUUUCUACUUAUACUGUAAGUGUGAAAUCAAACAAAAUAUUUCAUAAACCUUGUAGCCAAACUUCUCACUAAGUGAAACUGUAUAUCUGUGCACAGCAGGUCUGUAUAAGAGUUGUGGAGGCAGCUUUCUGCAAAUAAAUCUUAGUCUCAAGGAGUAUUCGAGAGCAGGAGGCGAGGCGAGAAAAGUCAGAGAGACAGAAGAUGAGAGUGCAGAAGAAGUGAGGGGAGCCUGGUCAGGUUGGUGGGGGGGGGUGGAAGAGAGGAAGGAGAGGAUGGGGCCACAGCUAACGCAGCAUAAUUAGCCAACGCUGCUUGGUUACCUUCCAAACAAAGCUGCUGAUUUGUGGAAGCAAAAGAAGAGGAGGGGAAAUUUUAGAGAGACAGCGAGACUAGAGAGGAGGUGAGAGGAGUGAUUGCACCAUGCCACACACACACAUAUACACACACUCUUGAAGCUCAGUCUCCCUUGGAGACUGUGGUAACACUGGACUGGGGCAUCUCAGUGCAACUGUGGAGUCCACUUGGCUGCACUUUCACUGAGCUUUCUCCACUAAGCUGUGUCACUAUCCAGACAGAAGGAGGGCAUCUGAGGGGAGCAGAAAGUCUGGACCGAAGUGUUGGGAUGAGGAGUUGAUCUUACAGCUGGAGGGGGAGCGUGAAGAAGAGGAAGAAGACGAAGCGGGGGAGUCAAGAGUCUGAGGAUGCGCUACAGCAGGAGGAGCUGCUGAGUGUUGCAGCUGCAGCAGCCUGGGCAAACACACACCUUCCACUGGAGGACAGUGUGUGUGUUUUCCUGGUGGAGAAUGAAGAAGCAUUCAGCCCGAGUGGCUCCUCUCAGCUCAUACAGCACUCAGGUCCUGACCAGCCCCAACUCUGAAGGAGAGGAUGGUUCAGAUUCUCGUGCAGAGACACCRGGCAGCGAGACCAGCAGCGAAAGUCAGUCCUUACAGACUUGUGCCGGCACGGCUUUGAAGGUGCUGGGUGGUCUUCUGAUGGUGCUGUGCAUUUCCUCCUCCUGGGUGGGCACCACUCAGGUGGUGAAGCUGACCUUCCAGUCGUUUUCCUGUCCCUUCUUCAUCUCCUGGUUCAGCAGUAACUGGAACAUCCUCUUCUUCCCCAUCUACUACUCGGUACAUGUUUUUACCACACGGGAGAAGCAAACGCCCAUACAGAAAUUCAGGGAGUGCAGCAAACUCUUUGGAGAAGAAGGGAUGACUAUCAAGCUUUUCGUUAAAAGGACGGCCCCCUUCUCAAUCCUGUGGACUCUGACCAACUACCUGUAUCUCUUAGCUUUGAAGAAACUGACCGCCACUGACGUCUCUGCUCUCUACUGCUGCCACAAGGCCUUCGUCUUUCUCCUGUCCUGGAUCGUCCUCAAAGAUCGCUUCAUGGGUGUUCGGAUUGUUGCAGCCAUAUUGGCCAUCACGGGUAUUGUCAUGAUGGCUUAUGCUGAUGGUUUCCAUGGGGAUUCUUUUGUGGGUGUGGCGCUGGCUGUGGGCUCCGCCUCCACCUCAGCGCUCUACAAGGUGAUGUUUAAAAUGUUCCUCGGCAGCGCCAACCUGGGAGAAGUAGCUCAUUUCCUUUCCACGAUGGGCUUCUUCAACCUUAUCUUCAUCUCCUGUGUGCCCCUCAUCCUCUACUUCACCAAGGUGGAGCACCUGGGCUCGCUGUCUUCGAUGCCCUGGGGUUACCUGUGUGGACUGGCAGGACUGUGGCUGGUGUUUAACAUCCUGGUCCAUGUGGGAGUGGUGCUCACUUACCCCAUCCUCAUUUCUAUUGGGACACUGCUCAGUGUGCCGGGCAAUGCAGCUGUAGAUGUGCUGAAACAUGAGGUGAUCUUGAGCAUGGUGCGGCUGGCGGCCACCUGCACCAUCUGCCUGGGAUUCCUGCUCCUGCUGCUGCCRGAGGAGUGGGACUCGGUCAUCCUGCGAUUCCUCGCCAACGUCGCGGACAAGAAGUCCGAGGAGCACGGAGAGGAACUGACCGAGUCCAGCGUCAACACGCGGAGCCGCAGUCGAGCAAACGGCGCCGUCUCCAUCCCCUUAGCAUGACACGGCUGACUCCUUCCAURAACUUCUGUUAACAAUCCUUCAAGCUCUGUCUGCUUCCUCCCCUGAAGUGCAGCAAGAUGCUCAGUUCACAUGGACGCCUAAUUCAGGGAGACAAGAAGCACUGACUUGAAAUGUGAUUUUGACCUCUGGCGCUUCGCAGCAGGAGGGGAACGAUAUGAACACGUGUGGAUCACGCAAAGCAAAAGGUUUAAAAGUGRAAUUUCCUGAAACUCUUGCAAACGCUUCACCCGAUGUCCCGCUCGCUCCCAAAGCAAGAGCUGACUGGCUUCUCCUGACAUGCUCUGCAGACUGUAUUCUGUGAAUAUAAAUGAGAGCAGGGCCAGUUUGACUCAGUUUAUUUAUAUUUAUUUAAACCUGAACCGAUGAGUUUUGAUUUUACGUCUUACUGAAUUGUAUUACUUGCGAAAAUGGCAGUUAUAUUUAAUGUACAGGCUCUUUUGAUUUUAAAAUAAAAGGCAAAAAAACUUUCA